CGUGGGUGCUAGGUCCUUGCGUGUUGUGUGCCUAUCUAGAACAGUCCUUGUUUCGUACGCCGGUUCUUCCUCAUUGCACGCAAAACCGGAGCAAUGUCUCAAUACAAUACACACGAGUUCUUGUCAUGAUCUGCGUCGUCCCUCGCACUGUCGUCGUUGCGGCCCUUCCAGGGCCCAGCCGAAGUGGCUGCCGCAAAACUGGUUUACCGUCUCGCCGCUUGAUAGGCCACCAUCUCCCAUCACCGCGGCCCGACUCAGUGACCGCUGCGCCUGUGCUUACAAGCCUCUGCUACAGCAGCUCUCGGAACAAGGAGUUCGGUUGCGGUAGUGUAUCAGCAUUACGUGGUCCACCGAUGCGAGCAACUAUGGUUCGGUUCUCCGUGAAUGCAAAUGCAUCCAGCUCCUGCGGUUCGACGUACGCCCCCAUCGGAGAACGGGCACGCGGACGAACGGCACUUUUGAAGACUUCUCCGCCCCGGUCGGUGCUGUUAAGUCGUGGAACAUCAAGCGUUCCGAGAGCAUCAGCACUACUUCAGCUACUUCCGCAGAAGCCGCCACGUCCAAACACUGGCACUGCAACUGACAGCAGCAAGAACACCCUUUUCAAAAAUAAUCACCAACUCCGCCAUUUCUCCCGGUGCCAGCGCAUCGACCGCCAGCGGGUAGAACGGAAGUCCCGCGCCGAGUACCUGCAUCGAAAAUGGACCAGUCCCGACGUGCACUACGGUAUGCUGAACCGGCUCCGCUUGACCCGGUGGGGCUGGCAGUACCGGGCGGAGUCGUUUCACGCCGGACAACGAAGGUUUUUGGACCACGAUUUCAAGAAACGGAGACGGAAAAUCAAGUACCUGGACCGACACCAGGGACAACGGGUAAUCCGACGGUGUUGUCCGAUGUUGACGCUGAAAUACUCGGAUCCACCGAUUGAUCACAACGCCAAUGUUAAGAAAUGCAGAGAGACAAUUGGGCGAUUUUUCGCAUAGGAGAAAGAACUUCUACAGAGCACUUUGCUUUACAGUUCUUGGCAUCAUCAGUUCUGAUGAACGUCGAGGUUUUUCCGAAUGAUCAGAGUUCUAAUUCGGUAUAGGAUACUGAGAAGAAAAGCCGGAUGUUGCACGCUGCUACGGUG